CUUGUCGCGGUCGUCAUGGAGGCAAACCGCGUGCGUUUUCUAUAAGUUUCGCGUCGGAGGUCAUCGACGAUCAGUUUCGUUCACGUUUCGCUGUUGUUGGGAUCGCUCGUGGUUGCCCGCCAAGCGGGAGCGCCCGCCGCGUCGAUAUUCACUUGUUUUGAUGUGUCGCGCUGCGCGGAUCAUGGCCCGCCUUGAUUGCCGAUGCAACGGUCGCCCUCAGUGACACAAGGGUGCGCUUCGUACUUGGUGAUUGGUGAAAAAUCAUCAGGCCAAUACGCCAAGUCAGUCAAGUCGAAUCGAUUUUUUUGUCUUUGCCGUCAAUUAGAUCGAUUUUUUACUGUGCUGUGAGAUCUCACGUUGUUGUUUAAAGUACCUCCACUGAAGUUUGUCUUCAGGGAUUCUGUAGUCUGUGAUAGUGCUUUGUCAUCACGAUGGUGGCCAGCGGCGAGUUGAUCUGCCUGCAAAGGCAAGAUUGUCCCUGCGACGAAACGAAAUUAAACAUCAAGAACUCUAGCAGUGACAGUAACAACAACAAUCUGGAUACCAAUUUGAAACUCAUGAACGGGGUUACCGUUGCCAAUGACGGUAGAAGAGUUCAAUACAGGACCAUUCAAGACCCUGCAAGCCAAAGACUGACGUGGUACAAACCACCUUUAACUGUACUUGUGAUAAAGAAAGCACGAGAUGCAUCCGUGCUUUCGCCUUUUGUACAACUUAUACAAUGGCUGAUAGAGGAAAAGCGUAUGGUGGUGUUCAUCGAAGGAGCGGUGAUGGAGGACCACAGUCUGGACCACUUCAAGCCGUUCGCUCAAAUCAAAGACAAGCUGAUGACAUUCCGAGACAGCAAAGACGAUCUCACUGACAAGAUCGACUUCAUCAUCUGUCUAGGUGGAGAUGGAACUUUGCUGUACGCCAGUCAGUUGUUCCAGCAAUCGGUACCACCGGUCAUGGCAUUCCAUUUGGGAUCGUUGGGGUUCCUCACGCCGUUUAGGUUCGAUAAUUUCCAGGAGCAGGUUAAUAAUGUGCUUGAAGGACAUGCAGCGUUGACGUUACGGAGCCGUUUGCGUUGUAUUGUUAUGAAGAAAAUGGACCAGAAUACUUCUAGUGAUAAACCAAAUGUACCCAAAGUGCCAACGAAUCUUCUGGUUUUGAACGAAGUAGUUGUUGAUAGGGGUCCUUCACCUUAUUUAUCAAAUAUAGAUCUGUUCCUGGACGGCAAGUAUAUAACGUCGGUUCAAGGGGAUGGGUUGAUCGUCAGUACCCCGACCGGAAGUACUGCAUACGCUGUUGCUGCAGGUGCUUCAAUGAUUCAUCCAAGCGUUCCCGCAAUCAUGGUCACUCCCAUUUGUCCACAUUCGUUGAGUUUUAGGCCGAUCGUCGUACCUGCUGGAGUGGAACUUAAGAUAACAGUAUCUCCAGGAAGUAGAAACACUGCCUGGGUGUCAUUUGAUGGAAGAAAUAGGCAGGAGCUUUGUCAUGGAGACAGCCUGCGUGUAACAACCUCCAUCUACCCAGUGCCCAGCAUAUGCGCACAAGACCAAAUCACAGACUGGUUCGAGUCCCUAGCGACGUGCUUGCAUUGGAACGUGAGGAAACGCCAAAGGCACUUGGACGACGAUUCCCAAGUGAGCAGUUUGACCCACUCGACGUCGGACGAUGACACGUUGGACUCCUUCGAAAGGGAAGUACUGGACCAGGAGGAACAAGUCACGCAUGCUGCGUGAAGACUAGGGUAGAGUAGCAGUUGUGCGACAUAGUCGGUUGUGUCUUUAUAUAGGUCAGUUGAUAGAAAUGGGAAGAGUUGAUUUGUACUUUUUGACAAAAAUUUUAACAAGGAGCCACUCUUGAAGGUGUAUAAAGAGCGGAGGGUUAAACCGAAUUAUCUUAAAACACAUUUUCCCCGUUUUUACUAAGCAUUGGUGUAGCUUAUGGAUACUCGGCUCAUGUAACUUAUGGGAUGUAAUGAAAUUGGUUCAAAUUUAGAGAACAAAUUCACACAAUUAUUCAAUAGUUAAGACAAAAAAAUCUGACACUAUGUCACUAUCAUCCCUCUGUUCUUUACUAUGUAUCGCAUGAGUGGCUACCUAAAUAGAUGUACCAGGUAAUAAACUUUAUUGAUUAUCUUGGUGGUUAUUUUGAGGAGGCUGCAGUCAAAUAAUGUAGUUUUGAAGACUUUGCCUUAAGAAAUUGUCUACUGCAUGUCAAUUUUAGGUCAACCCCAUGGUAAUUUGUUCCAUAAAAUCUAAAACCGUAGUCAAAAUUAAUCUUUCACAUGGGAAUGUUGGGAUCGAACAUACAAUGUCUGGUCGUUCUUUCAACAUGAAAUGAAAAUAAAUUAUAAUUAAAACAAAAUAAUUUGCAAGUAUAGGAUAUUUUGCGUAGAAAGUCCAACCAUCAAGUGUGAAUUAAUUUGGAAUAACAUCAAUAUAAAAAUUGAGGUAUUAACAAAAAAUCAGUUUUAGUAAAAAAAGCGUGCGGGUGCGUGAUAUUAAAGGUUGGACUUACUUUUUUAGUUGCUAUUUACAAAAUUGGCUUAUUAUGAAAAUAAAGUUAAUUGUACCCCACGCUUUUAUAACUAUAAUUGAUUUUUUGAGAAAAUCGUAAUUUUUAUAUUGAUCUUAUUAAAACUAAUUAGUCAUACUUGAUUGUUGGACUUUCUUAAUGCAGUAACACAAGUUAUCCUGCACUGAAAAUUAUUUUAUACUUUUGAGUUCGAUUUCCUAGUAUAACUUAUUUUUAAAGGUUUUUCAAACCAGAAUCUUUCUUAAUUUUUAGUCUCAAAACGACAACAAAAGUACUUAUAUUCAGGAGCUUAGAUUUUUCGUAUACUUUAUAAAUAAUCAAUAAAUCUACAAUAAAUCUAAAUUUACUUCUAAAGUUUUUUCAGAAUUUCCAAAUCUUCAAAUUAUGUUCCAUUUUUCCCAAUUUUCAAAUCCAAAUUUUUCCAAAUUCCGAAAUUCAAGUUUUUUAAAUUUUCUAAUCAAAUCUUUUCCCAAUAUUGUAUUGUCAUGAAUACAUCCAGGUACCUACAUACUUUUCAAGCCAAUACAAGCGUGUUUGGAGAAAAAUAAUUGAUGAGUGAGCGAUGUAAGGUGAUGACAUUUUUCUAAAUAGUACAUUUUUACGUUCUUGAGCAGCAAUGUCCAAAAAUCUUACAAGCUGCAAUAUUUGACUGUAACAAUUUUGAUAAAUCAUGUUUGUAUAAUCUGUUUCAGCUUUAAUAGCGUCAGAAAGAUUGUACAGAUAUUAUGCACCGAGACAUUAGCGAUGUCUUUCAUCAUUUUUGAUGAUUUUUAGGUAAUAUCUUUAUGAAGAGUGAAUGGAUUUUGAAAAUUAAGUGUUUAAAGCGUGUCUGCUAUCUUUUUGCCGGUAAUUUGAGACAUUGUUUUCAUGUCAUUAGCAUUUUAAGCAGUAUUUUCAGAUAAGGACAGGAUGCUAGUCUACUGGAUUUGUAUAAAAAAAGGAACAUAUUCGACAUUGUGGCCAAACUACAGGGGUGUUACAGGGUGGUCUAAGUAAUCCUUAAUCUAAAAUUAUGUAAAGAAGCUAUUUGUAAAUGUUUUCCCUUUUUGUUAAAAGAAAUUGGGUGCCAAAAUUCUCAAAAAAUUGAUUUUCGGAAAUAGUCUUAAAAGCUGUCUUUGACUCUUGGGCCAACUUGUACUAGAAAUCAAAAUUAAAAUGUUUGCACUUUACAAAAAUACUUAUAUAGUUGUAGAAUGUCUGAAAAUUACCGUUCAAUGAGAAACUGAACCCCUGUAGGUUGUUUGAAAUAUAACAGGUGGAACCUGUGACAAAUUGUAUGUAUGAGUUUUUAUUUAUAUUUGAUAUUUAUUGCUACAGCUAUUAAGCUGUAUUGUUGAAAAGUGAUAAAUUUUGUUUAUAUUUUUGUAUGAUAUGGUCAAGGUAGCUUUACAAAUAAUAUAUGUAAAUUUUGAAUCUGGAAUUAUACACAAAUAGUUAAUGUUUUGGAAAAAUGUAGGACCAAUAUUUUUGUGCCAAUCUGUAUAGAUUGAGAACUUUUAUUUGUAAUACUUUGAGAAUAAAACAUUUGUUGAAAGGCUA